GGAAAACUGAUUCAAAUUUCCGGCGUCUUUUGAUUGCGAUUUAACAGGAUAUAUAUUCGGUUCUGCAGAGUCAACCAUGAGAUUUUAUUAUAUUUUGGCAGCUAUGCUGCUUGCCUGUGAGGCUCGUCAACUGGUAGAACCACUUGGCGGAUUUUUCGAGAAUGGACGCAUCGAGGAAGCACACGAAAAAAAAGACAUUUUUGAAAUAAACAAAGGAAUCAAGGGACUCGUGCAUGGAGAUGUUAUCCCAAGAAAAAGUAAAGACACAAAGAAUACAGCUCGGAAUGAAGAUUAUUUUUGGACUUCUACAAAUAUACCGUUCGUUUAUUUCGAUGAAGAACAAGCCGUGAGCUUGGAAGCGAUUGGUUCAAUUGAACUUGCUCGUCAAGAAUACAAACUCCGAACUUGCUUGAAUUUUUACGAAAGAACUGAUGAGCCAAACUACAUCCGAUUUGUAUCUGCAGACGGGUGUUUUUCGUCUAUCGGAAUGAUUGGAGGGUUUCAGAGGCUUUCAAUCGGUAGCCGAUGUGAGAACAUGGCUGUUUGUUGUCAUGAGCUAAUGCACGCUAUUGGCAUUUGGCACGAGCAAUCAAGAGCUGACAGAGAUGAUUAUGUGGAAAUCAUGUGGGACAUCAUUUCGGAAGGAUACGAAAGCAAUUUCUACAAAUAUGACUGGGAAAUCACUGAUGCUCACAGAGUUCCAUAUGAUUAUAAUUCCAUAAUGCACUACCGUGAAGGUGGAUUCAGUACAACCGGUGAUCCUACUAUUGUGACCCGUGAUCCGGCUUUCCAAGAUAUUAUUGGCGAACGUUUGACAUUCAGUAAAGGAGACACCGAUAAAAUCAACAGAAUGUACAAAUGCAGCGAUACACUCUUGUAUUCAUACAAUUGUAACUAUGACGACAAGGCUGCCUGCGGAUAUGUACAGGAUUAUGACUCAGAUGACAUCGAUUGGAUCAGAUAUGAUGUUGGGGAUAAGAGUUUGACUGUAUCACCAAAUGCACCUACCGUUGAUGCAACUUUGGGAGUUGCUGGGAAAGGUAGCUACAUGAUCUUGGAUAACAGUGGAAAAACUGGAGGGCAAAUGGGUGAAAUGAGAAGCAUGAGAUUUGUGACAAAAAGCGACGUCCAAUGCUUACAAUUUUCAUACUACCUAGACAUCAAGGACACGACCGGCCCUGCUGCAAUUACGGCAUACAUGGCAACCCUCGAUGACGUCACAGGACAAGUUGUUGAUCUCGGCCAACCACUUCACACAUUCAACACAAGCUCGGAUAACAAGUGGCGAUAUCACAGAAUGAGCAUCAACGCAGAAUCGGCAUAUCGUAUUGUUUUCCAGGGGAAAACAGGGCUUGACGAUCAGGACGUAAUUGCUAUAGAUGACGUCAGCGUUCAGGACAAACCGUGUGAAGAUGACUAUUUUGUCGUUGAUGAUUACAAUGACAAACUAAACACAUUUGCCAAAGGAGAAUUCUAUACCAGUCCUGUACUACAGAGCGACGAAGGAUAUUACUACAAAGUCACGGUUUAUCCCGUCGGAACGGCAAGCUCAGCUACUGGUUACAUGGGAAUGUUCUUUGGCUUAGUGGCAGGUCCUAAUGAUGAUACAUUGAGUUGGCCUUUCUGCAACAAAUAUAUUCGAUUAAUGGUCGUUGAUCAAAGCGAUAAUCCACUGUACUCACUCAACAAAUACGCUGAAUUUUUAACAACACAAGCCGCAGGAGGAGAUCUAUGGAAUCAACCGAUAUUAGAAACAGAUCCAGAGGGAUAUUAUGGCUAUUCCAACUUCAUGCCUAUCAAUGAUGUUACAAGCACUCAUCAUUAUCUCAAACACGAUUCCAUCAUGGUAUCAGUCCUUGUUAAAGAUAUGAAUUGGGUUCACGGUGACGUCUGCAAUGGCACCUUCACUCGUUCAACGGAGAAGUUCGCAAAAUCAGCAUCACAUAAUGGUGGGCAACCAGGAAUCGAUUAUAUCGAAAACGAUGAGUACGACAAAGAUUAUCGCGAUGGCGACCACCAUAAACAUCAUGACGAUGAACAUCAUAAUGAAAACCAUGAAGAACCCCAUGAACAUAACGACGGCCAUCAUGAACAUCAUGAAGAACACCAUGAGCAACAUGCCCAUGAUCAUGACAGUCACAACGACCAAGAUGACGAUGAAGCAAUGAUAUCAGUUGGAGCUGCUGCUGGAAUGGCGGUUGGAAGUGCCACAUUCGUCUUUCUCGUGAUGGCCAGUGUGCUAUGUUGUGUACAAAAAUCUCAUAAACAAAACAUGAAGCAUGUGGCAAACAACAUAACUCUGCACACCAGCACUCCAGUUCCUCCUGCAUAUCCAAGCGAAGGAAAAAUAACUUUCGAGUCACUACCAGUGAAAAUUUAAAAAAUGAUUCGAGAGGCUUGAACAAAAAAUCAGAUGAAUUAAUUUUCUAUGAAAUAAAUAUUCUUAGAUAAUUUACCAAAAUGUGAUUUUAUGAGAUAUAUUCUUGAUCUCAAAACGACAUUAAAUUUUUUAUAUGUUAAAGUGUAAAACAUUUUCGUGCCUUCAAAGUUUUUGUUUCAGUAUAUUUUGAUUAUAACUAAUCAACUAUGUUAUUAUGC